AUGCGUGACGCAGGCCUUUUGCUGCCGAUGGGCACCGCCCCCGUCGACGCCUUAGCCGGAACUGCCACGAUAGAUGCGCGAGACCAGCCUGCCUCGACAAUCACCCCUUACUACAACGACCUCAACGGUGUCAACCAGACGCUCAACAUGCUCUUCAAGGACACCACCUGGUGGUCCCUGGGUAUCGCCGCCCUCGUCGUUCUCACCAUCCGCCUGGGCCAGCUUCUGUGGUCUCAUGUGCGCCUCAUGGUCGCCAUGGAUAUGCCCCGAGACAAGCAGCAGUACUGGAAGGUGACGCAGUGGAGCUGGACGCCUCUCCUCAAGAAGCACCUUCUGUACGCACCGCUUUUCAAGAAACGCCACAGCUUCGAGCUUCGCAUGUUCCGCAUCCGCAAUCUAGGCUCACUGCCUUCACGCCUACACACCAUCCUCCUGACUGGCUUCUUCUCCAGCAACCUCGUCUACAUAGCAUGGCUCGACUACACCGUCGUCAACAAGUACUCUGUAUGCGCCGAGCUACGCGGCCGCUCUGGCACCCUUGCCCUUGUCAACAUGGUGCCUCUCAUCAUCUUUGCUGGACGUAACAACCCUCUUAUCGGUCUGCUGCAGAUCAGCUUCGACACUUACAACCUGCUGCACCGUUGGCUUGGUCGCAUCGUUGUCCUCGAGGUCGUCCUCCACACCAUUGCUUGGCUCAUCCCUGCCGUCGCCGACCUGGGCUGGAAGGGUGCCUUUGAGAAGCUGUUCGGUGGCUGGUUCUUGGGCUCUGGCUGGAUCGGCGCCAUUGUCAUGGUGCUGCUCUCCACCCUGUCCCUGUCGCCUAUCCGUCACGCCUUCUAUGAGACGUUUCUCAAUCUACACAUCAUCAUGGGCCUCGUAAUCUUCGCCUGCACCUGGAUCCACUGUGCCACGCCCGCAGACAUUCCCGGUGGACUGCCUCAGCUCCCCUGGAUCAUCGCCAUUGUCUGCCUUUGGUGCGCUGAUCGUGUGGCCCGCUUCAUACGCUUGGCUUUCGCCAACUGCACGUCCAAGGGCUUCACGGAGGCCAUCUGCGAACCUCUGCCCGGCAACGUCACCCGCGUCACCAUGCACCUGCCCCGCCACAUGAAGGUCGAUCCAGGUAGCCACGCCUACCUGCGUUUCUGGGACGUCAACCCGUGGGAGACCCAUCCAUUUUCCAUUGCCUGGGUACAGCACCGAGAUGAAUCCAAGACCUCGAUCGCCCCCAUAUCGGAGAAGAACCCGCUGGCCUCGCUUCCUACCAAGACGGGAACACGGACAUCGAUAUCGUUUCUCAUAGCCGCGCAGGAGGGCAUGACGCGCAAGCUGCUGGACACGGCACGGCACGGGGCCUCCGUCACGGGCAAGCGGUCCUUUCGCAUGCCGGCCGCCCUCGAGGGGCCAUACGCCGGUCAUCACAGCCUUGACUCGUACGGCCACACCGUCCUGUUUGCCGGCGCCACAGGGAUCACCCACCAGCUAUCAUACAUGCGGCACAUCCUGCACGGGUACAAUGCGGGCACCGUGGCCACCCGCCGCCUGACUCUCUUCUGGGUCGUCCGCGAGUACGAGAGUCUGGAAUGGGUCCGCCCCUAUAUGGACAGCCUGCUGCGCAUUCCGAACCGGAAAGACAUUCUCCGCAUAAACGUCUUUGUCACCCGGCCCACCAAUGCCCAUGACAUCACCAACGCGGGCGGCACGUCGACCAAGAUAUUUGCCGGCCGGCCCAACAUCCCCUUCUUGCUUGUCAAGGAGGUACAGGAGCAGGUCGGUGCCAUGUGCGUCACCGUCUGUGGACCCGGAGCCAUGGCAGACGAUGUCAGGGCUGCUACCAGGGCCGUCCAGGGUGACAGCGUCGUCGAUUUCAUCGAGGAGAGUUUUACCUGGUGA